AUGGCCGCAUACGCGCAGAACCCAAACUUCAAGCCGCUACCGCCGCCGGGCAAUUACCCUCAGGGUUAUCAUUCCCAAGCCCAGUUCCAGCAGCAGCAGCAACAGUACCACCAGCAACAACAAUACCUUCAGCAGCAGCAACAAUACCAACAACACCAACAGCAACAACUCAGUCCCGAUGGUGUUCAUCGUCCCCCUUCGUUCGUAGGGCUCCCUCCUAUCCGUCGUGCUUCCACCUUUGGUUCUUCUCUUGGCUUGACCGCUGAGGAGUUUUCGUCCACCGACAACAACAAUAACAACAGCAACAAGAACAGCAACGCGGAAACCGCUGCGCGUCAACAGCUACACCCCCAAUCCGCGUCCUCACCCCAAGGAGCCCAAGGCCAACCUACCAUGGCCGCGGCGCAACAGAUGGGGCAGGCCCCACCCCCUUCCCAAUCGGCCGGCCAGUUUGUGCAGAACGUUUACCGACCAACUCAGGGCACAGGCGCGCAGGGCCCUCAAGGGGUCCAGGGACUGGCACGUCAGGGCCAGACAUGGCAGUUGCAGGGCCAGAAUCCAGGCCAGAACCAAGCCUUCCAGAACACCGCCUUCCAGAAUGCCGUCAUGCAAGGACAGGGGCCGUCUCAGACACCCCCGAGGGCUUUUGCUGGUGCGCCUGGAAAUGCCCAGCUCACCAUGAACGGCUCGGCGCCGCUAGCUGGCCAAGGUCAGCAAUUUGGGCAAGGCGGCGGCCGGCCCAUGAUGGUUCCGCCUCAUAUGAUGCCGGGCAACGUGUCCCAGAGGUUCCAUCCACAAGGUGGAGGAUGGAAUCUUCAAGAGUCUCAUCUGGCUGAGCCUCUCCAACCCUCGAGUCGUCAUCGCCACUCCCCCAGCAAUGCGUCGUCGCAACAACAGCAGCAGUCUUCUUACGGCCUCGACAAGGAGACCGGCGCCCCCAUGACGACCUCCCCGGUACAGCGCCAGAAGCCCUCACAAGAGCAACAGACUCAACAAUCCAACGACCCGACUACACCCCAGCCGAAUCAAGCGAUGCCUGCAAACCACCAAAGCCCGUCGGCCCAGCAACCCGACGGCAGCGCCUUGUCAAGGUUACAAUCCCACCAGUCCCACCAAAGCGAGAUGGCAAACCACGGCCCUCUUGAGGAUGGACAGAUGAAACGUAACUCGGGCGUUUUUUCUAGCAUAAGAAACCGGUUUGGGGGAGGUCACUCGGAAGAAACCCGUGGUGCGGACAACGGCCCCAAACCCCAAGGUAUCAAAUGGGGGACGCCGCCUCAGUGGCCAGCAUCAUGUCUGAUGAAACCGGACAACAGAGGCGCAACCCGGUCUUCGGGCCACGAGGCGGCGCCCCCACCCCGGACAACUUGUCUUACAGCCAGAGCAAAGACAGCAUCAUUGCCCACAGCCCCGGGGACACCUCUGGGCGAUCGGAUGGGACCGGGUGCAGCCACCGCCCUCGCAGUUUGCGCCCCCGGGGCAGGAAACCGACUGGGUUUUUCCACCAUGGGUUCCUACACAAACGCCUGUUCCAGUCAUGCACCAUUCUUCCGCCUUGCCCUCCGGAAGAAUCGCUUCUCUGCCCUGAAGGACGUGUUCCGAUCGUCGCCUCGCGACGCUUCGAAGAGUCCGGGAUCAUCUUUCACGGUCAGGAUGCCCGCACAAAACUCACCCCAACCGACGGCUCAGACGCCACCACCCCAAGGCCAGUACCAGGGUAUGUCCCAAAAUCAGUUCCAGGGCCAAUUUCAGGGACAGCAGUCGCAGCCGCAAUCCCAAGGACAAGCUCAGGCAACGCCUCUAGGACAAUCUCAAGGACAACCUCCGGGGCAAUUCCAGGGCCAAGAACAACCCCAUGGUCAACCUCAGGGUCAACCCCAAGAGCAGCCUCAGGAACCACAACCUCAAGGACAGCCCCAGGGACAGCAGCCUCAAGGACAACCCCAGGGGCAGCCACAUGCUCCAUCUCAAAGUCUACUGCGGACCAGUCCUAGCUCACAGCUGGAUCCCACAAACGCUCAGCCAACAACUCCGGGUUCUCAGCCAGAUUCAAGCAACACUUCGCCGGCCACCCCUGCUACACAACCAGGGUCGGCGAUUGGGCAAAUUACGUCUGGACAAGGGCGAUUCCCUCCUGUUGCUGGCCCCAGACAGCCUGGAUAUGGUCCCCCGCCGAUGCAGCCUCCGCAAGGGCCGAUCCCCAACCAGAAUCAACAAGAAAGAAAGCCUAGUACGGGCAUAUUCGGCUUCUUGAGGGGGCGUUCAGACUCCAAAUCGCAGGAGGCAACGCAACAAAGCCGUCCACUCGGCCAGGGACAGCCUUUCCCUCCCGGACAGGGCCAGUUCCCAGGACAACAGUACGGUAUGCGGGUGCCCGUAGGCCCCGACGGACGCCCGGCCACGGGUGCAGGUCAACAGUUCCAUCCAGGGCAAUUCCCACCUCAAUCCCAGUUCAUGCAGCCUGGGCCCCCGGGAACUGCUGGCUCUUUUCAGUCGCAAGGUGGUCCGGGGCCCCAACGGACGAUGACGAUGCCGCAGCAGCCCGGUGCGCCCCAGGGCCAACAGGCCGGCGUGCUAGGUGCCGGUCAAAGGCCGCCGAUGCAGACGCAGCCAAGUCAGUCCUCGAUUCAGGCUCAGGCCGAGGACAGGUUGGGGCCGAACCAGCAACAGGGACCCUUCGCCACAGCUCAACAACCCCAACCCCAAACGACGCCCCAGCAGGAACCGGCCAACAAUGCCGAGCCAACACCUGCCGCCUCUAUCCUCGAAUCGCCAGUUUCACAGCAUUCCCAGCCAGCAUCCCAGUUUGUCAUCGAGCAAUCCCGGUUCCAGACCGAAUCCCCGGGCAGCAUGAGACAGAUGUUUGCCGCACCCAAAAACAGUGGGAAUCAGCCGUCAUACCAUGUUCCCGGUGCCCAAAGCGCCGCUGCUGCUCAGAAGGAGCAGCCUAUUUGUGCUAAGCCGUUCCAGCCGCCGUCCGGUUCCAACAUUGCACCAUCAACGGUACCAAGUGGUGGGCCUGGAGAGGAUAAUGACAUGCAGAGGCCCGUGUCCCCCUCGUCACAAGCUCCUCCCACCUCGGGCAUUCCGGGCGAGGAGAUGGAGCGCGGGGCACCGAGACAGCCGCCCCCGGUGGGCCAGUUCCAAAACUUGGAAAGCAGACUACCCUCGCGGCAGUCGCCGUCGGCUGCGUCGCCGGGACAGGAGGCUCCUGCGUCGGCUCACGCUCCCGGUUCGAUAUCCGGAGAAUCAGCCCAAGGCCCCAGCCCAACACAGCAACCGCCUACCCAACAGCUCGGUCAGCCUGGUCUCCGACCGCCCACUGGCCAGCAGGGAGGGCACAUGCCUUCUGGUGCCCCUGGCCAAGGAUUUCCAACGAACCAGGCCCAAUGGAUGGCAUCUCAGCCCGGCGGUGUCCCUCCUCAAUUCCGCCAGCAAUUCGGCCCUGGAAGCGCCCGACCGAACGGUGUUCCGGUCAAUGCCCAACCGCAGAAAGAGAAAGAGCAGAGCACAUUCUCCAAGUUAUUGUUUGGCGGUAAAUCGUCGGCUCCGGCGGCCACUGGGCCGAAACCCGAAAAGGAAAAGAAUACCAAGCCGUCCCUCAUGAACGCGUUCAAGCGCGGGUAUAGACAGCCCGAUGCUCAACCAGCAUCGCAGGCGAAUGUUGGCCGUCCGGGUCCAGGCCAACCUGUUGGGGGAAUGCAGCCGUAUCCCGCGAGGGUCCAAAACAUGCCCCAACAGCCGCAACCGCAGCCGCAAUCGCAGCAGGGGCCGGGAUUGCGUCCUGGUAUGCCCGCGCAGACGCAAAACCAACAGCAAGGCGGUCCUAUUGCCGCCCAGGGCCCACCACAGGUUCAGCAGCAGCAGCCCAGACCUGGUGUUCCCACCAGCCAACAAGGGCUGCCUCCGCAGAUGACCUCUCACCAGGCCCGUCCACUCGCGCCAGAGCCCCAGUAUGCGCAAGUCCCGAUCCCGGCUGGCUACGGGUAUGUCCACGGUGAAGGCCGAGUGGCGCCGGCGCCGGCACACAUCUUUGUCGGACCAGGCUUCCCGCCUGGACAAGGCCCUCAGCCUGGCUUUGCUCAGCGGCAAUGGGUCCAGCCCGGUGUGGCACCUACCCAAGCCGCGCCCGCGGGGGUUUCUACUCAGCCGGCGCCGCAGCAAACGAAUGUAAUCCAAGCAUCCCCGGCAUCGCUAGCGGCUUCAACUCCCCAAUCUCAGACUCCCGCGCCAGCGCAAGCCCAGGACCGGACCUCUCCAGGCCCAGCUCCGAUCACGCAGGAGCGCGGCGAGGAGGUUAUCCGCCAGCAGCCGGCUGGACAGGAAAUCGCACCUUCGGUACAAGUUCAGGCGAUCCAGCAUCCCCAGAAUGCCUCUGCUCCGGCAGGUAGCCAGGUACCCGAAGACUUGGCCACGUCGCGAGCUCCGGCUCCGGCCCCGGCUCCCCAAAGCCCCGAAACAAGUAUCUCGCCUCCUGAGGAGCAAGCGAAGCCUGCGCCGCCCCGCACGCACACUGGGCAAGGCAAUAUCUCGCCGCCGACUCAACUUCAGUAUGCCGCUCCCUCACCAUCCCGCGGCCCAACCAAUCUGCCCGUUGCGCAAGCAGGGGCCCGCACGAUGCAUGCUAGGAAUGUGAGCGAGGACGGCAUCGCAUCACUUCCAUCACAGCGGCCCGGGCGCGUGCAAUCCCCAAGCCCAGACACGGUUCCGAGUCCUGCAAGCACCAACCUUGCCCCCCGCUCGACCAACACUUCGCCGAGUACCCAGCCUACGCCGGGAUGGAAUGUCGGCCCUCUGCCUGCGUCGCAAGCGAACCCUGACGCAGGUCGGGGCCCAAGGACUGUCAGCCCCGAGGCGUCUGCCCAGGUGUCUUCUUCCCCAGUUAACCAGUUGACGACCCCGACGCAGCGUGUUGCGGAGGACAACCUCUACGACGCGACACCGCGCCAGUCACAAUUCCCUACCGGGCAGCAGGAGCCACCACAAUCACCGCCGCCACAAUCACCGCCGCCACAAUCACCGCCGCCACAAUCACCUCUGCCACAACGCCCUCAACCACAGCAGCAGCCGCGUAGCGAUGUCCCCAGCAACACCAUUGUCAUAACAGCUCCGGUCGAACCGAAGUCCGCCGGCCUCUCUCGCGAGGUCGCCCGACCACCCAACAACCUCCCCCUGUCGCCAGCUGACACUCCGUCACCUCCGCCCCCUACAAUCACAUUCGAUGCUGCCCCCGAUAAUGAUGAUGAGGACGGUCUAGACGACUUCGAUGACUCGGACAUGGAAUCUCCCAUCAUUGCUGACGCGUCCAUCGCUACGGUCCACCAGCAAGCUAGCCCGAGCACAAGCCCCACCGCGACCGCAGCUGCAGCAGCCGCACAGAACGGCGGAGCCGCGGCUAAGGACAACGUCGCCAUCUUCGAGCGGGCGAAGAAGAAGGCUGAGGAACAGCGGGAAGCUGAGAGGCGACUGAUGAUGGAAGAGAAAAUCCCUGUGUUCUCGGAAGGGGAGACCGAUCCAAACAAUGCCAAGAACGACACUGAGGCCCGCCCACAAAUGAGUGCGACGAGCUAUCCGGGUCAGGAAUGGAAUCCGUAUGGUGACGGAUUUGAGGGGUGGGAUGACUGA